AUGUCUGUAUAUCUUAUUCUUUACAUAUUGUUGCAAAUACCUUUGGUUUACGGGAAACUCGCGCCAUGGUGUGGUGUGAUUGACUAUGCUUUGGUUGGCCGGAACUACACCACCAUAAACGCCACCAAGAAUCAAAAGCUGUGUUACCAGGCCUGUCUGAAGGAUUCACCGAGAUGUAGAUCUGCAAAUUAUCGGCCUAGAGAUCAAGAAUGUGACUUGAACUGUGCCUCACACUUUGAUGUUUGUGCGGGUGGGGGAUUGGUCGAGCAGCCUGGGUCUCUCUACACCUUUACGGCAUCUGAGACGAUUGGAUGCGACAUUCAACCUGACACAAGGGAUACCAAUGUUUGCGAUAUCGCUGACAACGAACCUUCUCGUCGAGAAGAUCAAGGUCUUGAAUGGCAAUUGGUCUUCAAAGGGGUUGCUGGGACGGGAAUCAAGCUGUAUGAUCUGUGGACUAUAACACAAUCUUGGAUAGCGACUGAGAACAGCGGGAACUGUCAAAACAAAGCAUUGUACAAUGCUUGGAAAAAUGGACAGUUGAACAUCAAACAGGUCAAGCUGUCCUUGUAUGACAAGACUGGGGUCAAAGUUGAAUUGAUAUUCAAUGGAGUAGACUCAGGCAUUUCGACCUGGUUCGCCAAGGAGCGCCUCGUAUCCUCUCCAUGGAGUGACCUGACAACAACGUCACAUACGCAUUACUUCUCUAUUGAUGGACCUGCAAAGAGGGGGUACCGACGGUUCUUCAUCAAUAGGAACUAUGGCGGCUGUGGUGUGGACCGUGGUUGGCUGGUGGUGCUAGAUUCAGAAGAUGAUUGCCAGUGGGGUCAUUUCAGCAGCUAUCCCACCAUACUGUACAGUACUCACUGCAUUGCAGUCAACUGGGCUACAUCAAACGCUGAAGCGUUGGGAAUGGCGGAUUACUUGACCAUCCACAUAGAUACUGAGUGA